UUGUUAAAAGGGUUUAUACAGUGAAAAAAAAAAAGAAGCUCUAAUGUCAUCUCUUUAGUUUCAAGAAAGCACCACAAUCACUUGUAUUUCGCUGCUUCUUUUUUCUUUUGUCACUUUCUUGCCACUUCUUUGUCCUCAUUACAGAAACCCCAUUUGCGCAAAAUUCAAGAUUUUCAAUUUGCAGAACCCAAAAAUCAAGAAUCUUAAAGUUAUGGAUGAAGAUAGAAUAGGGUUAGUGCUGUCUAGAAUCUCUGAACUGAGGGUAGAGAUAACGAAUUGUAUUCACAAAGCAUCUAAGAAAGCUGAAGUGGAAUCUGGAAAUGGAGAAGACCCGGAUGGGAAAACCCAUGAGGAUGAUGAUGAAGCAGUGGAUUGCUUGUUGAAGAUUAAGGAUGCUCUUGAAUCACUUGAAGCCCAAGUGUCUUCUUUGCAGGCACUACAAGAACAACAAUGGUAUGAAAAAGAAGCAGCGCUGGCUGAGAUAGGUUAUAGUCAAGAAAAAUUGCUCCAGACACUGAAAGGGUAUGAAGGCAAAGAUUACCAAGUCAUACACGAGGCAAUUGCUUUUGUUUCUGAAACAGUAGAAGACAACAAUGAUCUUCUACUUCCUCCUUACCCUAGCAGACCUUCUCGUACCCUGGUGUCAGACAAGGGUUAUGGGGUACACUUGCCAUCUGCACGGAAACUCACUCAAAAUGGAGUAACUGGUAGCCACAACCACAAUUCCAGGAAAGAUGUCGAUGAAGCUAAUCAUGAAAGAUCUGAGCCUAAAAGCCCAUUAAGAAUGGUUAAAUUCUUCCUCAGUGCAGCAGCCAAGACAGCACUCACAGUUGUUGGUGUAAUAUCUGUUUUGACUUUGGCUGGGUUUGAGCCUCAGAUAAAGAAACGGGAUAAUCAGAUCAACGUUUCGAACUUGUUUCAACAGGUGGCAAACAGCAAAGUCCCCGUGGUUGAAAAUGGUGAAACUCAGUGCGUCGUGAAAGAGAGAGUUGAGAUUCCAUUUGAAUCGGUUGUGGCUACUCCAGAUGUAAACUAUGGCUGUGGAUGAAAGGUUGUUCCUUUUUCUGUCUUCUUUUUGUGUAAAUCCCACUUUAAGUUUUUGACUCUAUUGACUCUGUGUGGCCUGACAAUGUAAUUUGUCUUAGCUAGAGAAAGUUCAGUCAGAAAAUAAAUUUCCCAUAUCUCUCACUGUGCCCUGUAUACCUGAUUUGAUAUCCUUUACUUGAGUCGAGGGUCUAUUGAAACUACAUGGAUAUACUCUGUCCUCUUUGGACUCCACUUGUGCGAUUAUGGUUUUCUUUUUCAAUUGUCAA